AUGAAUUUAACACAUGAUUUUCUGGAUGUAAUUCCUGUUAAAAUCAAUGAAGAAGAACCACAAUUAUGUCAAAUUUUGUAUAGUGAUGAAUAUAAAGAAACCAUGGGACUUCUUUUAGCAUUAUUACAAAAAAAGGAAUAUUCUGAAAGAGCCUUGGAACUUACACAAGAGGGGAUUGAACUCUUAGCUUCUCACUAUACCAUUUGGAAUUAUCGAUAUAACAUUCUUUUAAGAUUAAAUAAAGACCUUUUUGAAGAAUUAGAUUGGUGUGAGCAAUUAGCUUUAGAGAAUGAAAAAAAUUAUCAAAUAUGGAACUAUCGUCAAUUAAUAAUUGAAAGAAUAUUAGAAUUAGAACUUGAAGAUGAUACAAGGACCAAGAAAUUCAAUCCAUACCACGAAUACCCUAUUUUAGCAGCCAUGUUGGGAGAAGAUAGUAAGAAUCAUCAUGUUUGGUCAUACAGGAAAUGGUUAGUAGAAAGGUUUCAACUUUAUAAUGAUGAAAGAGAAAUCUUAUUUGUAGAUAAUUGUCUUAAUGAAGAUUUGAGAAAUAAUUCAGCAUGGACACACCGAUAUUUCAUAAAAUUUGGAAAUCAAGAUGAAAACAAAGAUGACAUAAAUGUCAAAAUUGAUAAAGAAAUUUCAUUUGCAAUGGAAGCAAUUAAAGUAUCUCCACAAAAUCCAUCUUCAUGGAAUUAUUUGAUAGGUAUAUACAGAAAGUUUAAAAAAUCAUUGAUUGAAUUGGAACUGUUUUGUUUACAAUUUGCAGAUAUCAAUAUUAAUGAACAAACAGAAGAUGUUAUUAAAUCUACAUUUGCGUUGGAAUUAUUAGCAAAGAUCUUUUUAGAAAAGAAGGAAACCCUCACUGCAUUGGAAAUAUUUAAAUUAUUGGAAGAUAAAUAUGAUCCUAUAAGAAAGAAUUAUUGGCAAUAUGAGAGAAGCAAACUUGAAGUAUAG